CGUUCGGAAAUGGCAACUUGCGCGGUGGAGGUGUUCGGGCUCCUGGAGGACGAGGAAAAUUCACGAAUCGUGAGAGUAAAAGUUAUAGCUGGAAUAGGCCUUGCCAAGAAGGAUAUAUUGGGAGCUAGUGAUCCUUAUGUGAGAGUGACGUUAUAUGACCCAAUGAAUGGAGUUCUUACAAGUGUGCAAACAAAAACCAUUAAAAAGAGUUUGAAUCCAAAGUGGAAUGAAGAAAUAUUAUUCAGAAAAAUAAUUCCGAAAGGACCUAAGAAACUGUUUACAGUAUUUGCUCUGGGGGUGGGACAAAGGUUCAUCCUCAGCAGCACCGGCUUCUUUUUGAAGUAUUUGACGAAAAUCGAUUGGUAAGUUAUAUUGUGCUUGUGUGAAAUAUGAAGUAAGGGUACGUUUCA